AUGCAUUUUCUUGUACUCGCUUUGCUUCUCGCCAUUGGAUCUUCGGCGAAUGGUCGUCCUUCCACUGAGGAUGAUAUUCUGGAGGAUGACAUCAAACUUAUCCCAGAACAGCUGAAAUUUUUUGAAGGAAAUCCAGCCUCCCGUGUUGUCCAAUUGUGGUCUGAAUAUUAUUGGAAGGAUAGAACUUUGGUUUACAGCUUCGCUGGUGGAUUUUCAAAUUUGGAUAAAACUCGUGUUGAAGGUGCAAUGUCUGCGAUUUCAUCUCAGACCUGUGUGAGAUUUCGCCGAACAGCAAACCCAAAAGAGCCACAAGUGAUAAUUCAACGACAGGGUUCCGGCUGCUGGUCCUAUGUGGGAUUUUUGGGUCUAACAAAUCAACCUCUCAAUCUGGGCAGCAACUGCAUGUCCAGUUGGACCAUUCAGCAUGAACUUCUCCACGCCUUGGCCUUCUUUCACAGCCAAAGUGAUCCGCAAAGAGAUCGUUACGUAAAGAUCAAUACGGAAAACAUUCAACCCGGCUAUGAGCACAACUUUGACAAGCUUCUGGCUUCAGAGGGGACUGAUUUUGGCAUUGGUUACGACUACGAUAGCAUCAUGCACUAUGGUCCUUAUGCGUUCUCCAAGAACGGAAAGCCAACCAUUGUUCCCUACCAGAAGAAUGCGAAAAUUGGCCAGGCAAGAAAACUGAGCCCAAAGGAUGUGGCAGCACUUAAGCGGAUGUACUGUUAA